AAGUCCUGAUGUAUAAGGUCCUGAUGUCAUCUGGCUAGAACACAAACAGAAAAAAAAUACGUGCGAAAAGAAAAUUUUAUUGGCGUUUUCGCUUCGAAGCUAUCGUUUAGUUGAAUUUUACCCUCAAAUCUUCUAAUUUACCGUGAAAUAUCUGUCCGCUUUGUACGAUUAUUAAUUGCUGUUUGCGAUGGAUGUGAACUGAUUAAGUUAAGGGCGACGGUUUAAGCCAUGUCCCGAGUGCAAAAAUUACUUCCGCCUCAACAAGAUAAAGUUCCGCCGGAGGGCGUGAACACUGGCGUCGAUCUAGGGAUGCAAAAGCUUUUAGCUGCCCAACAGCAGCAACUGGAUGACAUAACGAGCGAAUCGUCCUUCCUGGAGUUCCUCCGGAACGAGCAAAGCUGCCUGGCCGCGGUAAUUUCUAGCGGCAGUAAUUGUGUGGGGAUAGGGAAAAAUGGUAAUGGUGAAAAUAGUGAUGAAGUGGAUGUGAAUAUUAUUUUCGACCAAGUGAACCAAUUGGCCGGUUCGGCUGGGAACGAUGAACGGGAAGUGGACGAAAUCCUUCGGGAAGCGGAACAGUUAAUUCGGAAGCAACCGGUUCUAGUGGGUAGCAUAGGGGAAAACUGGUGUCAGUUUCCCGAUGAGGCCAACGGGUUGGGUGAAAUGCGGAGGGUUACGCGUGACAUGAGGGAUAUAUCGUGUGAAUCGACGCCGAUGGAGAUGCGUAACGGUGUGUUGGAGGAACUGGAAGCGAUAGCCCGCCGGGAGGAGGAAAGUAAACAUCUUACUGAAAUGCUUUUAUUCGAUGGAGAUGACGAUUUGCCGGUGAAGGAUUUAUCUCGCAGGAAGAGUUUUGUAAUCAGUACCGAUAACUUCAAGAACUCCCAUCAGGAUCAACAUCACCAACAGAGACCUCACAUUACGCCAAAUGAAACCUUUGUCGUUCAAGGUACGGUGCUUAACGACAUGCGCACCAAGAAGAAUGUGGGAUCUUCAGUAACUGCAAUUGGCGGAGGAAGAACUACCCCAGGUACUCUCAGUGGCCAGGGAAGUAAGGCUUCAACGCCCAAAAAGCGAAUAGGAUCGAGGCCGUCGUCUGCUGCUGCCAGUUCAAGCCACCAGUUUCCAAGAAAGUCUGUUAAAGAUAAUAAAGAAAAUCAGUUAUGUAGCCAAUCUCGCAUACGAGAUUUGGAAGAGAUUUAUAAUCUAACCUUAAAUGACUCCCCGAGAACAAGGACACCAUGCCCACCGUCUCCACCGUGUGCCACUACCACCAGGGAUCGUACUUUUUGCGACAAAUCGACUGCACCCUCUCCGACGCAUGCGACGCCUGAACCGAUUGUUGGCGCUUUCAGUUGGUCCAAAGAGCGCGAGCUAGAGGGCAGCAUUUCCGAGCUACAGGAAAAGUUAAAAGACACCGAGGAGCGCUACGAGAGUCUUAAAAUACAAUACGACAAUUUGUCUCAGGUGCAUCGAACACUGCGCGAAAACCAUGGCUCGAUUCAGGAGGAAAGCGACAAACUGAAAUUAGAAGUACAACAUCUAACGGAAUGUGCCAAUGUACUUAGAUCGGAGUUGCAUUCAGCUCGUGGUGAUCGGGACGCGGCACUAGAGCUGCAGAAGAUUCUGCAAUCGGAGCUGGAGGAAUCGCGGAGGGACAAAAAGCGCUACCAAGAACUGAACGAGAAGGAUACGAAGACCAUCCAGGAUCUGCAGCGACAGUGCCGUGAGAUGGAACGCAUCCUGAUGAGAAAACAUCCCGAUUCGGUAUCAGCUCUUAUUGUGGCCAGCAAGAAUACAGCAAACAACAAACCGGCCGAAGAUGCUUCCCAAACUCGUAAGCUGCUGGAACAGCGAAUCGCGCAGCUGGAAGCGGAUGCUAAAGAGCAAGACGCCAAGGCUCAAGGUAUACUGGCCAACGUGCAGGCGCGCUUCAAUUCCGUGCAGUCCAAGUACGAAACGCAUAUUGCGGAUUUAGAGAUGCAAGUGCUUAGUCUGCAGGAGAUUAACUGCAAAUUGAAUGAGAAAAUUGUCCGGCAAAUGGACGAACUGUCCAGUAUUACAAGUCAUGCGGCUGUUUCCAUUCCUGCUCCUAUUAAAGCGACCAAAACCAGCACCAGCUUUUCGCAAACCGAAGAUUUUCCUGAACGGGAAUGUACUAAAACUCGUUCAAUUUCAGUGCAAACGGAUAGUCGUCUAACUGGAACCGGAUUGGUACGAGGACAGCAGUCUGGCAAACGAGCGUCCUCUGCCUCAGCUGGAAAUAAGCUUCCCAAUUCUUUGUCCGACUCGCAAAUUCAAGGCCGAGAAGAUGCUCACCUAAUGGCCACGAUUCGUGGCAUGCGGGUCGAUUUGGCCAUAAAAGAAAAGGCUGUCCAAAGGCUGACCCGAGAGGUUGAAGACUGCAAGAAAACCAUUAAGAAAUUGCAGAAAGAAAGAGAUACGUAUUUGAAACCCGAUGGAAAGUUACACAAUUCUUCUUCCUCGGGGAAAGGCAAAUUCUAUGAUCCGUUGCAGUAUUCUGAUAGUUCAGAUGGGUCCGCUUUGAAAGAUGCCCAGCUAAAGAUUAGACUUUUGGAAGCCGAUUAUAAAACUUUGCAUGAUAAAAGAUUGCAGGAUCUAAAAACUCUGCAGGCCGCCCAUGAACGCGAACUGGCUGCAUGUCAUGAAUCGGUUCGCAUACUACAGCAGCGACUUUCGGAAAGGGAGGAACACGCGCAAACCAAAGAGAAGCGUAGACCAAAUCAUAAUAACGAUUACUACGCUCUGAAAGCUAAGGUUACAUCGUUGGAACGUCGCCACACCGAACGGGAGCAACGUUUGCACUUGCUUGUCGAGGCACUCAGCAAAGGAGGUAAGUUGAACGGUGUUCACUUGCGAGCCCUGUCUAGUGGUGGCGGUAGUGCUUCUGCUAAUGGCGGGUCCAACCUUGCCAACAAUCGCCAACAUCACCGGCUACAUCAGAGCCCACAUGACGUCAUCAUUAGUGAUGACAAUGCCUUUUUGGCAACCCAUCUACAAGCAAACGCCACCGUCGGAGGAGAUUCGUAAAGUCGUUCUUUUUCUACUUUCGUCAAUGUUCUUUUGCACUAUCUCUGGUUGUCUUUUUUACACGGAGAACAAUCUUCGUUCUCUAUCAUAGAUGUUUUUAUUUAGCGAUUAAUGUUUGGACAUUUUUAAAAGAAAAAAUAGAAUAGUCAUUGGAUGCGACUGUGCGACAAAAAUGUUAAAGAAUAAAAACCUGCUAUGUUCCUAAUAACGACCGUUCAAGAUCUCCAACAGUUACAUAUAUUUCUCUAACAUUGUAAUCUAUGAACCUACAAAAAACAAAUUUUACUCAAUGCAGUUUAACACCUACGAUACAACUUAAAGCUAAAGAAAAACUUAAUCUUUAUUUAUUACAUGUAUUUAUCAAUGAGACUUACGGCUAAUUUUAAACGAUUCAACACGAAGCAAAAACAUGACUUUUAUUUUUCGAUUGAGGGAAUGUGAUUUUUUGAGAGACUGCCAGUGUGUUAAAUGUAAGUGUACUGAAAGUAAAGGGAAACCCUCGAAAAUUUGUAUCGAUGUUAAAACGCGACCAAUGCGCGCGGAACUAUGGUGAAUCAAAUUCAUCGAGCUGGAUUACGGCCGGAGAUACAGCUUUGUUGUAGCGUUUCGUAGAAGAAGUAGAUAUGUGUGUGUCAGUGUCUUAUUGUCAAUUAAGGAUAAGGGAAAUUAUAAGAGUAAAUGACAAAAACGUUGCGAAACGUCCACGAGAACAGUGAGUUUGAACAUGAAUAACAACCAUUCCAAACUUUGAACCACGUGCAUGAGAACCACGGGGAAUUUGAAUCGAUGAAGCUUGAGCUAGAAAAAAAUAAUCUCAAAGAACAGAUGUAUUAGAUUCGAUAGGUUUCGUUACUGUAUUUUGUUUUCUGUUUUGUUUAUCAUAAAUCAAUUAUCAUUCAGAAAUCAAAUAUAAUGGUGCAGACAAUAUCAGAAUUUGACCUUAUGUUAAGGUCAUCAUUGUUUGAAUUGUCAACCAACUCUACUUAAAAUUAUAACACUGUUAUCAGGUUAAUGAAGAUUAAUUUCUAUAACAUAAAGGACGCAUGUUUUGGGUAAUUUAGGGUCAGUUUUCUUUUGUGCGUUGAUAUUAUUUUCUCAAACAUUCAAAGGCACGGUAGUUACAGGUUAUCUUGUUUUCCUGUCUGUUCUCUGUAUUCAAACUGUAGAAUGCUUAGAUGAAUAAUUUCUUUGUAGCAUCGCUUUAGCUUGAUUGUUUAAUUCACUGUACAAUACUGACCAUAAUAUAAGUUAAGUGUCCAUUUAUUUGAAAGUACAAUGAGAAACGUAAACGGCGCUCCUUCAAAUGAUCGGGAUGCGAUUUAGAGACUCUCCAGAUAACGUCUCGUUUGGAAAAGAGAUUCAAAGGUGUCGUUCAAAUCUCUGAGAAUCGCAUCAACAAAACUUUUUCGACAUAUUUAGCUCGACUCAUCGGUACUUUUUAGCUGAAAUUUUGAAACAAAUGUUAGAGACAAGUGUUCAACAGAAGAAUAGCCGAGAAUAAGUAUUUCCUCAACUGGCCUAGUCCCUUUACUCGAUCUCAGCUUCUGGAUUGCGAAAAAAAACAUAUUUUUUUGCUAAGUAUGAUUAAGUUAGUUGUAAAAUUAUCACUAUCAAAAGUUUAUAAUAAUACAUUUGUAUUGCCAACGAAUAAAGUAAUCUUCGUUUAUUUUUCUGUUCAAAUUGUGAAUUUAUGGGACAAUGAGUCAAUAGGAAGUAUUGUUAUCGAAGCCAUUUGUAGUCACGAAGACUCUCAAAAUAGUGAUGUGAAAAAUCUAAUUCCGUUCAUUUUCAUAUGAUAGCAGUAAAACUUACUGCAGAAGAAAGAUAAUCUAAACCGUUCCAAACUUCAUUAGCUAAGCGUAAAAUUCGUUUGCCAUCUGAGUAAAAUUUAUUUCGCGGUAGUCAUCUUAAAAGUUUAUAGCAGAAAACAUGUAGAGAUCAAGCAACAUUGGAUGACAAUAGAUUCGGGUAAACCGUAAAAGAGAAAGAAAACAAAAUACUUAUUUAUUUUUUUAAAUCGUACUGGUAAAUUAGGAAGUUUUAAAAAAAUGUUACAUUUAGUUCGAAAUUUCAUUAUCUACUUACCUACAUAGGAUUAGAUCCAUUCUUUUCCAAUAUAUUACAAUAUACCUAGUUGUAGUACUGGUUACGAUGUAGAGUGUAGCAAACAACGCUCAGCUGAAUAUUUAUCGUUCCAGCUCAGGCGUUAGCACCUGGUUGGGAAAGACCGUUCGAUUGAGUCAGUAAUAAAUA